AUGUUCGAUAACAGUGCCCCAGAGCCGGCUGGAGAAGUGACCGAGGUCUUUAUGCCGACCUUUUGCAGCGAUGAGGAGCGGGAGAUAUAUAACAAGUUCAAGGAGAGCCCUGAGACCAUCGACGUCAAGGGAAAUGGUGCAAUCCUGAAGCAGGUACUUGUCGCGGGCCCAGAAGACGCAGAGGUCUGCCCGCAAUCAGACGCUACCGUAUAUGUCCACUACACCGGUAAGUUGCUGAACGGGACCGUUUUCGACUCGUCUGUUACACGAGGCCAGCCCUUCAACUUCGACAUAGGAAAUAUGUCUGUUAUACGCGGCUGGGACGAGGGCGUGUGUGGUAUGCGGGUUGGAGAAAAAUCUCUCUUCACCAUCGCUUCGGAUUAUGCCUACGGGAGCAAGGGUUCCGGAUCUAUUCCUGCAGACGCUACUCUACAGUUUGAAAUAGAGCUUUUGGAUGUGGUCGAAAAGGACCACGAGUAUCCUCAUACCAACGAGGAGAAGCUUGCUGCUGCAAAGGUUCGUCAGGAGGCAGGGAAUGCUCUUUUCAAGAGCGGAAAGUACAAAAAGGCAGCUGCCAAGUACGACAAGGGCACGCAGCUCCUGGAGUACUUCAUUGACAGCACUCCAGAGGUGGAGGAGGAGAGGUGUGUCCUCCGUGCAACCCUCUUUGGGAAUUGGGCACUCUGCAAUCUGCGCAUGAAGGACUAUGCUGAUUGCUGCUCCCACGCACGCGAAGGCAUGAAGAUUCUCGAAGAGAAGGAAGAGAGGGCGUCGAAGAACGUCGAGCUGCGUCUCAAGCUCUGCCAGAGAGUGGGGCGCGGUGCGAUGGGGGCUGGCCGCAGCGCGGAGGCCAGGAAAUAUAUAGACAUGGGCCUUGACAUUGCAAAGGCCGCCGGCCAGAACGACAAGGUACAGGAGUUCGAGAACGAUCUAAAGAAGUGCGACGCCCAAAUUGCCCUCGAGGCGCGUAAGCAGCAGGACAUCUACAAGAGGCUCAUGGCCAACAUGGGCAAGUGA